AUGUCUGAGUUCGGCCGGCAGCGGGUCGGACGAGAUCAUGGAGCAGAAGAAGAAGAGCCAGGCCAUAGACAGAGUCCUCGAGGAAGACAUGAAGCGCCUCAAAAAGGAGUGCAAGAUCCUCCUCUUAGGUAUUAUCUUUUUCUUCUUCUUCUUAUUGUUCAACUCAUGAUUGCCGUACUAAGAGGUGCAGGCUCCGGCGAGAGCGGCAAGUCGACCAUCGUCAAGCAGAUGAAGAUUAUCCACCAGAACGGUUACUCCGUCGAAGAGCUGUCCAUGUACCGCCUCACCGUCUACAAGAACCUGCUCGACUGCGCCAAAUCGCUCGUCUGGGCCAUGCACCAGUUCGAGAUCCAGCCCUCCAGCGCCAAAGUCCGCGACUUCAUGGACUACCUGCUCGACUACAACAUCGACCCGGACCCAAACGUCGCCCUCGAGCUCAAGGUCGGAGACGCCAUCACAUACCUCUGGAACGACCCCAGCAUACCCGCCGUCCUCGAGCGCCAGAACGAGUUCUACCUCAUGGACUCCGCCCCGUAUUAUAUGCUAAUAGCAGAUAGCUUCUUCGAGGAAGCAAAGCGGAUAACGAUGCCAGACUACAUCCCCAACGAGGCUGACGUCCUGCGCGCCCGAACAAAGACCACCGGCAUCUACGAGACCAGGUUCACCAUGGGCCAGCUCUCCAUCCAGUACGUCAUAUAUUAUAUCUAUAUAUAUAUCUAUAUAUAUAUAUAUAUAAAUAUACUAACAUUCGAUAGUAUGUUUGAUGUCGGCGGCCAACGCAGUGAACGCAAGAAAUGGAUCCACUGCUUCGAAAACGUCACCUCCAUCAUCUUCUGCGUCGCCCUCAGCGAAUACGACCAGGUCCUGCUCGAAGAAAGCAACCAGAACCGCAUGAUGGAGUCCCUCGUCCUCUUCGACUCCGUCGUCAACUCGCGCUGGUUCAUGCGCACCUCCAUCGUCCUCUUCCUCAACAAGGUCGACCUCUUCCGCCAGAAACUCGGCCGCUCCCCGCUCAACAAGUACUUCCCAGACUACUCCGGCGGCAACGACGUCAACCGCGCGGCCAAGUACCUGCUCUGGCGCUUCAACCAGGUCAACCGCGCACAUCUCAACCUCUAUCCUCAGACUCCGGAAUAUUAUAACCUCGUCCCCCUACCUCUCUUCUAUCCGACUACCACCGCCACCACCACCACCAUUACUACUUCCCGCUUCUACUUCAUGAGAUACCACUUACAUACCCACGACUUUUUGACUUCAACCGGCGUUCACUGUUGUUCUGUCUGUUCCUCUCUUCUUGUCUGUUUUACUGCCGUGUUUUAUCUUUUUUUUCCCAUCUCUCUUCUUUUUUACUCUCUCAUCUACCAAACGGGACGACACUGUACCGGCGCGGCGUCCUCUUUUUUUUUCUAUUCCAUUCCAUUUCCUUUUUCUAUUUCCUUUAUUUCCUCGGUCAUCUUCAUCUCAUCAGCGAGUUUCUUUGCCUUUCUCUUUCGUUUUCAUAUCUUCUCUUCUCACUCUCCUUAUGACGCUGCACGCCCGCCCAAGCACUGCACUAUAUCUAUUCGAUUUCUCUCUCUCUCUCUCUCUCUCUCCUCCCUUGAAAAAGACGCCUCCCCCUUUCUUGGUUCGUCCCUUUUACUACUCACUUUCCUUACUACUUUUUUACUAUUCGGUUAA